CGCUCUCUCGCUCCCUCGAUCGGCGGCGGACUGGUAGCGCCUGGCGCGGCGGCACCGCCCCUCAGCCAUGGCGGACGAGGAGCUGGAGGCGCUGAGGCAGCAGCGGUUGGCCGAGCUGCAGGCCAAGCACGGGGAUACUGCUGGUGAUCCAUCACAACAGGAAGCAAAACAGAGGGAAGCAGAGAUCAGAAAUACUAUUUUAGCUCAAGUUCUUGAUCAAGCAGCUCGUGCAAGACUAAGCAAUUUAGCACUUGUAAAACCAGACAAAGCAAAAGCAGUGGAGAAUUAUCUUAUACAGAUGGCAAGAUUUGGACAGCUACCUGGAAAGAUAUCAGAACAAGGUUUGAUAGAAAUACUUGAAAAAGUGAGUCAGCAAACAGAAAAGAAAACAACAGUAAAGUUCAACAGAAGGAAAGUAUUGGAUUCUGAUGAAGAGGAUGACUAUUAAUACUACUGUAAGACUGUCAGCCAAACAAAAGGUCUGGAAGAAGGCAACAGACAUACUGUUAUCAGGCAGAAUGCAAGAUCUGAAAAUGUUUACGCUUCUUUCUGUUUUAUUUUUUUUGGUUUUUUUUUACGAAAAAGUCAACGAAUGAACUUAAAGAUAAAUCUGAGAAGGGGAUUUUAUAAUUUACAUUUUUGUAGUAUAAAAAGCUUGAGGAUUUGUUAGCAUGAGGAUUUUGUUGCCCCUUACUCAGUGUGUAAGCUACAGUUUUCAGCAGCUGCACACACUUAACUUGCUGCUAUUGGAUAUACCAUAACAUGAGGAGGAGCUGAGUGUAAAGCUGAAAACACCCACUCCCUCCAGGAGUUUAAAGCCUUACCUCCCAACUCUAAAUCCAGUUUUCCAGAACCCCUGAAGGAAGCCUGUCCAGCAGCUCACUGGCUCUUAGGUCAUUGCUGCAAAUGUAGAAAAUAAAGUAUCAAAGUAGAAUUCAGAUCAGAGAACUUCAUACCAGGCAGUGUGUAUAGACAAAUUGUAACCAGAAUACAAUUGAACCAUUCCCCUAUGAUAUAAUCAAGCUAUCUCUCAAAAAGCAAGUUAACUGUGUAAUACAGCACUGUUCAGACACUUGGUAUCAUAUAUUAUUAAAACUACCUCCAUUUUUAUCAAAUGGCUGGAGUGCUUCUUACCUUGAAAAAAUCAGAUCUUCUUCCUAAACCAUUCUGCAAGUCCUGCAUGCAUAAAGUAAAACUGAACCUGUGCUGUACAUUUAUUCAGAAAUAUGGUUAUGGAAAUAAGUAGGCUAAAUACUGUAACAUGCUGAUAAACACUCUACCACCACAAAACCCUUUUCUGACUUAAUAGGAAAAUGUAUGGUCCCAACUGCAGUGUUUUUUUGAACAGAAUAAAAUUGUUUAAAGUGA